GUGACGCGCUCUCCCCGCGACCCUCCCCCGGAAGUGGGCGGGGCGGCGCGGCGCUGAUUGCGUCACCGGGGGGGCGGUGGCGGCGGUGGCUUCUUCUUCGGUGGCGGCUGGACGGGGCCGGGGCGCCGUCAUGGAGAGCGCCAGCCAGGAUAUCAACCUUAACUCUCCCAACAAAGGUCUGCUGUCGGAUGCCAUGACAGAUGUGCCCGUGGAUAGCGCGGCUUCGGCCAGGACCGCUGCACCCGAGGGGCUGACUCUUGCUGAAGAGGAGGAGUUGAGAUCUGAGCUUGCCAAGGUUGAAGAAGAAAUUGGUACCCUCAGGCAAGUUCUGGCUGCUAAAGAGAGGCAUUGUGGAGAGCUGAAGAGGAAGCUAGGUUUGACUCCCUUGGAUGGGUUAAAGCAAAACCUGUCUAAAAGCUGGCAUGAUGUCCAAGUCUCCAAUGCUUAUGUGAGAACAUCUGAGAAACUUGGAGAGUGGAAUGACAAAGUGACACAGUCUGACUUAUAUCUUUCAGCCAGCAGCACACUGGAGGACUGGAAUGAAAAAAUAACUCAAUCAGAAGCUUACAAGAAGACCCAAGAAACCCUUUCCCAGGCAGGACAGAAGACUUCAGCAGCCCUUUCCAAUGUAGGUUCUGUUAUCAGCAGGAAACUUGGUGACAUGAGGGCUCACCCCUUCUCGAAUUCCUUUAGCAGUUACUCCAUCCGCCACUCGAUAAGUAUGCCAGCGAUGAGGAAUUCUGCAACCUUCAAGUCAUUUGAAGAUCGAGUCGGGACCAUAAAGUCCAGAGUGGUGGGCAGCAGGGAAAACAGCACCGAUGGCCUCCACUCCCCCUCGGGAGCUGGGGACAAACCUCCACAAGACAACGCUCCUUUCUAGACCUGCCACAUGGCUUUGCACGGCUGUGCACGACUGUAAGAGCCAGCCCCCUCCCUCCCAAAUCUUCACAACAGCAACAACAUGCGAAUCUGAGAAGGGGCUGAGAGCCCGUCGGGAGAGAUCCAUCAUUCAUUCAUAGACACUGCUGCUGGAUCUGAGUCAAAUAAAGAGAAUGCAAAGUUUUGUACACAAAUAAUAUUUUACACUAAAGUUUGUAGAUUAAAUGUAUCACUGCUGUCCUCUUGGGAGGGCAUGUAAGAUGGAGUUUCCUUAAAAGUAGCUCAGAAAUGCCAGUGAUAUGGAUAAAAACAGUGGGUUUUUUCCCUUGUCUGACAUAACUUGGAACAGAUACAUCUCCCUGAGCAGCGUGAGGAGGGCAGUUAUUGGAGAAGCCAAGUGCAUGGGCAUCUUAGCUUCAGCUUCUGGCUACGGUCUGUGCUCGGGGCAUGUUGUGCAGCUUCUCCCUGAGCUCCCAGGCUUCUCCUGUUACUGGUUUCUCUGGCUCCUAUCGGAGUAGGCUGGUAAAUGGGGUAAACAGUUGGGUUGUGUUUUUUUUUCUGGGCUCCCGAAAGGGAAACUUCACUUAGCAGCUGCCUCGUUGUUACACUAAUGCUCUAGCUUUAACAAAACUAAAAAAUCUUUAUUUUUAAAUGCAAUGAACUUUAAAGAAAUAAAGCUUGAAAACAAAACAAAAAAAAAUAGCUUUGGCAUCAUAUUAGGGAAAUGCUCCCUUGGACUCUGGAACUGAAUUGCAAGCCUUAUAUCACCUUACGCUUUACUUGUUUAUCAGUUUAUUUUUUUUUUCCUAUAGAGAAGACUGCAAGGGUUAUAAAGCUGGAUGUUGAGCACUGGAGUUUUGCAUCAUGCCGUAGCAGCAGCAUGCUUAUAAGCCAGUUCUUGUGUUAAAUUCAGUGGUGCACUCCGUUUCCUGAGUGUAUGAAACUUGCUUCUCCCUUCUCAGCUUAUGCCUUCGUUCUUGGAGGAAGAAUUUCUGGAGGUUACUCGUGCCAGGGCCAGAUCAAAAAGGCCAGGGCUGUCUCUGGAAAGACAGACACCACGUUGGAGGGACUCUGCUCUCUCUGGGCUCCUCCAGCUGGUACAUCUGACUGACUGGAUGGGUUUUUUUGAUUGGAAGCCCCAGCUCUAAUCUUGGUUUACAAAACCAGCAGAGAGUCACGGAGCUUAACCAGUUCCCCUAGGGGCUGGAUGUUUUGCUCUUUUGAUGUCCAACUUUGUUACUCAGGAGCCCAAAAAGUCUGAGUUUUCUACUUAGAGGCCUGAUCUUAUUCUAGGCGAGGUGCCUCCACGUAGAAAUACCUGGAGUGAGCAAUUCUGUGCCUUAGAGGCCAAGUGGGACUUACUCAGGUCUUUAGACUUAUGUACAUAUCUGGGUUUUAGUGGUUUAUCACCCUGGAGGGACUGAACCGUCUCUGACCCUUCUUUAGAGAAGCAAGUUUUGACACUUAUCUGCUGAUUAAUCUCCCUUUCCCCCACCCAGCCCUGCUCCCCUCCCUCUGCAGACCUGGGGACACAGGAUGACAGAUUAGAAGGCAGAUGUACUGGCAGUAGGUGGAGUGUAGAGUGUCACUUACUGGUGCUCCUUGUUUGACUGGAACUGGCCUCCCUGCGAGGAGCGGAGCCAGUGAAACGGGGACUGCUGGAGCUUGGGUAUUGAACUGUUUCUCUAGACAGAUAAAUAGUGAGGAAACUUGUCAAUAAAGCAUUCCUUUGGGAGAAAA